UUAUUUGUUAUGAUUAGGUCCCCAACCUCGCUUUGUUUCCUCCGCCAGUUCGCCUGCUUCCAUUCCUUCUCUUUCUCCCCCGCCCUUUUAAUUCUCUUCUCUUCUUGUUUCCUCCAUUUUUCUCUCUCUUCUCAAACCAUUCUUGCAUUGAUUUCAUCACCCAAACUUCAAAGAUUUGUUACAAAAUCAUGUCUUCAGCAAUGGCUGUCCCCAAAAUCAUUCAACCCAUGAAUUUAAUAUCCAAUGAAAAACCUCUCUUUGAUCCUCUUAAAUCUGUCCCAACAUCAUCUUUUCUGGGAUCUGUUCAAAAAUUCCGACUUUCUGCAAAAUUACCCUUUUCAUCCUCUCGCCAAUACCCAUCUGUUUCCACUACUGUGGUUGCUGUUUCUGAAGUUGUCAAGGAGAGGAAACCCAAAUCUGCUGUUUCUCCUUCAAAUCUGUUGAUCACUAAAGAGGAAGGCCUUGAAGUUUAUGAGGACAUGAUAUUGGGUAGAGUGUUUGAGGAUAUGUGUGCCCAGAUGUAUUACAGGGGAAAGAUGUUUGGAUUUGUCCAUUUAUACAAUGGGCAAGAGGCUAUAUCUUCUGGGUUUAUCAAGUUAUUGACAAAAACAGAUUCUGUAGUUAGUACUUAUCGUGAUCACGUUCAUUCCCUCAGUAAGGGUGUCCCUGCUCGCGCUGUGAUGAGCGAGCUCUUUGGUAAAGCCACUGGUUGUUGCCGAGGGCAAGGAGGGUCUAUGCACAUGUUCUCCAAGGAGCACAAUGUUCUUGGUGGUUUUGCCUUUAUUGGGGAAGGAAUUCCUGUUGCCACGGGAGCUGCAUUUACGAGCAAGUAUAAGAGAGAGGUGCUUAAGGAGAACUGUGAUGAUGUGACGGUGGCAUUUUUUGGAGAUGGGACUUGCAACAAUGGGCAGUUCUUUGAGUGCUUGAACAUGGCUGCAUUAUGGAAACUGCCCAUUAUAUUUGUAGUGGAGAACAACUUGUGGGCAAUAGGGAUGUCCCAUGUAAGGGCAACUUCUGAUCCUGCAAUUUGGAAAAAGGGACCUGCUUUUGGGAUGCCAGGGGUCCAUGUGGAUGGCAUGGACGUUUUGAAGGUGAGGGAAGUGGCAAAGGAGGCGAUUGGUAGGGCUAGGAGAGGGGAAGGUCCUACCUUGGUGGAAUGUGAAACUUACAGAUUUAGAGGACACUCUUUGGCGGAUCCUGAUGAGCUUCGUGACCCUGCUGAGAAGGCUAGCUAUAGUUCUAGAGAUCCAAUAGCAGCUUUGAAGAAGUACUUAAUUGAAAACAAGUUGGCCAGCGAAUCUGACCUGAAGACCAUUGAGAAGAAGAUAGACGAAGUAGUUGAAGAUGCUGUCGACUUUGGAGACCAAAGCCCCGCUCCACUUCGAAGCCAACUUCUCGAGAACGUGUUUGCAGAUCCUAAGGGAUUUGGAAUUGGACCUGAUGGUAAAUACAGAUGUGAAGAUCCCAAGUUCACAGAAGGCACUGCCCAAGUUUAAUACUUUUUAGGAACUGUUAUAUCUUCUAUUUAAUUCUCCUUUUUAACCCACCUCCCCUCUGUUUCACCUUAUUGCUUUAAUAGGGCUUACAUUCUGUAUCAUUGUUGAAUAGUGUCUAUUUGCUUUGGUUAUUUUGAGCUGAAGCUCUGUGCUUCUUGUCUCUCCUAUGUGCUUUUCAUCUAUUGAUCAAAGUUGGAAAAUCA